CGUUUCUGAAACUGGGGGUCCUGCUAAAUAGAUCCGCUAAAUCGACCGCCGGUGCCAUAGUGUAGACCUGCCCUCAAUCUCUCCCAUUGAAGCUGUUCCACCAUGUAGAAAUGGUUACAUACGCAUUGGGUGGGAAAGAGAGAGACUGACUCCAGCCCUGGGGCAGGGCCCUCACCUGGAUUUUAGGAGACCCAAGUUUCAGGUCACUCCUCCUAUGUCUAUUUAGACCUUUCAGUUUGGGCUGACCCAGCCUGUCUCCUUUGUGUACCUUUUCCUAGCAACAUUUGUUCUUAGAGGUGAUUGUAACUUUGUAUGAACUUUCAUCCACUUUCCAAAAAAUGGAGCUCCCCACUGGGGUAGAACUGCCCGAUCCCAGUGACUACAACACAUCCUGCUGGGGGAAACCCAUUCAGAGAGGGGAAUUUCAGGGGGCUGCUGAUGGGUUUGUGUUAGAAGGGCUGGAGCAGGAAAUACACAGGGCAAGGAGGUGGUGACGGGGAGGGACAAACCUGCUCUGACAUGUUCAGUCUGUGGCAUCCCUGGGUCUUUCAUGUGCCCAGUUUCGUUUCUGCUCAGGUUCUACCCUGGUCACUUAGGUUACGUCCACACAGGCACUGGGAGGUGGGAUUCCCAGCCCGGGUAGAUGUACGUGCACUAGUUCUGCUAGAGCUAGCGCCUAAAUAUACAGCCUUGGUAGUGGCUUGGGCUAGUCACCUGAGUGUGCUCAGAAGACGCCUAUUGGGAUCCGGGGUGGAAAUUCCCCCAUUUUUGGAACUGGAAACAAACCCCCUGGACAGGGCUGGGAAAAUUGACUGGACUCCCAGAGCUGGAGUCUGAACCGACCAUGCAGAGGCUGCUGUGGAAUAUGAAGGGGGCACCCAGCGGUGAGGCCCAGGGGAGAGGCCCCGUUCCCUCACUCCCAGCGGCUGGGAAUGGGGAGGGGGUUGGGAUUCCUGUCCCUGGACCCUGCUGAGGGGCUCCACCUCCUGUGAUAAAUGGGAAGGCCCCUGCCCUCCUCCACAGGCUGGGAGGGACAACGAGCUCUCUCUUUCUCCCCUCCCUUAAGCCUCCUAGCUGCUCUGAGCAAGCUGGGAGUGGGAUUCUGCUCCUCUGUCUCCACCAGACCUUUCAUUUUAUCGGCCCUCCUCCCCUGGGACUGGAGGGAUUGUGGCUGGGGCAGCAGGUGCUGAGUGAGGGACUCUUGUUUCAGGAGCCGGUGACCUUCGAGGAGGUGGCUGUGUAUUUCACCGAGAGGCAGGGGGCACUGCUGGACCCCGCUCAGAGAGCCCUCUACAGGGACGUCAUGCAGGAGAACUACGAGACAGUGACCUCACUGGAGGGUGCUGGGAUGGUGAGUGAGAAGGAGAAUCCACAGCGGGAAGAUGUUGAGGACCUGGAUCUGCAGGGAACAGUAUUGGGAAGAUCUGAGGGGGAUUUUUAUGAGAAUCGUAAACCAGGAAAAGCCUGUGGAAAUCAGCGCAGGUCAGAGAGGCCGCUGGGAUAUGACCCAGGGAAGAAAACGUGUGAACCCAUAAAUGAUGGUGGAGAUUGCAAGGACCUUGAGGAAAGCACAGCCCAGCAGAGAAUCCCCACAGAAGAGAGAAAAAACACAUGCAGCGAGUGUGGGAAAAGCUUCAGUCGAAGUUCACAUCUUAUUUCCCAUCAGAGGAUCCACACGGGAGAGAAACCCUACAAGUGCCUUGUCUGUGGGAAAGGUUUCAAUCAGAGCUCAAACCUUAUUUCCCAUCAGAGGAUCCACACGGGAGAGAAACCCUAUAAGUGCCUUAAUUGUGGGAAAGGUUUCAAUCAAAGUUGCCAUCUUAUUAGGCACGAGAGAACCCACACAGGUGAGAAACCCUAUAAAUGCCUGGAGUGCGGGAAAAGCUUCAUUCAGAGCUCGGAUCUUAUUUCACACCAGAGAACCCACACGGGAGAAAGACCCUUUAAAUGCCUGGACUGUGGGGAAAGUUUUGAUUGGAACAUGCAGCUUGUUAGACAUCAGAUGCACCACACGGGAGAGAAACCCUACAAAUGCUUGGAUUGUGGCAAGGGGUUUAGUGACAGUUCAGCCCUUAUUACUCACCAGCGACUGCACACGGGAGAGAGACCCUAUAAAUGCCUCGAUUGCGGGAGAAGAUUCAAUCGGAGCUCACACCUGACUCGACACAAGAGGACCCAUUCUGGAGACAAACCCUAUAAAUGCCUGGAGUGUGGGAAAAGUUUCAAUCAGAGCUCAUACCUUAUUUCACAUCAGCGAACGCAUACAGGAGAGAAACCCUAUAAAUGCCUCGAGUGUGGGAAAAGAUUCAGUUGGAGCUCAGAUCUGAUUUCCCAUCAAAGAACUCACACAGGCGAGAGACCUUAUAAGUGCCUGGACUGUGGGAAAAGCUUUAGUGACAACUCAGCCCUUAUUAAACAUCAGAGAAUCCAUACAGGAGAGAGACCCUAUAAAUGCCUCGACUGUGGGAAAACUUUCAAUCAGAGCUCCACCCAUAUUCGACAUCAGAGAAUCCACACUGGAGAAAAACCUUGAAUGUGGGAGAAGCUUCAGUUGAAGUCAGCACGUAUGGGGAUCACCAAAUCCAUACGGGGAAAAGACCUCUUAAAUAUCUUACGCAUGGAAAAUGUUUCAGGUGGAACUGACACUGGAGACUCCACACAGAAGAGACAUUUUAUCAAUUCCAUCACUAGAAAUGGCCUUAGUUUAUUAAAAAGAAAAAUCCAAUUCCCCUGCACACGUCUUUGACGUCUUUCAUGCUAAGUCAGACUCAUGAGGGCUGGAGAUGAGUGUCUCAGAUCUGGAGGAGGGAUUUGUAUAAAUCCCAAACACAGCCUGAUACUUCUGAGCUUCAGUCCCUGGUUCCAUCUAUGGGUAAAGCGGCUUCUGGGCUGUUUCCUACCCAGUCAGAUUGCAGAAGGGAAUUUGGGUUUUCUCCUUACAUUAGGAUGAUGUUAAAACUUUUGUAAAUAACGUGAUCAUAUAAGAAGGCUCCAAAUGAGGCAGGUUUAGGCAGUUUAGGGGAAACCAGGGGUAAAUCUCUUCUCCUGAGUCUGAGUCAGAAGGAACAUGCUCUGGGAUGUCACUUUCCAUGAACCUAACCGUAUCGUACAGCCUGGUCUGUAUUGUGGGUUAUUCCCUCUUUGCUGAAGGCCUUUUGGUCACAUAGAAUCGUAGAAUGUAAGGCCAGAAGGGACCACUAGAUCAUCUAGGCUGUCCUGCUGUAUAUCACAGGCCACCAACCCCACCCAGCAUCUGCACACUAAGCCCUACAAUGGAAAUGAAAUCGUUCCCAUCUUUGAAUGUUAAUUUAGUUUGACGUGAUGAAAAGCCGAUUUACCGGGGACUUCACAAGACAAAUGACCCUUUGCCAGAAGAGGCCUUUUUAAUUGUAUUUGGCCUUUUCUCCCACCCCCUGUCAUGAAAUAUCUGUGUUGUUUGAACAAUUAUAAUUCUAAAUAACCACAAUAAACAAACACCAAUGGGUGAGUGUGAGAGUCGCAGUCUGAGAGGCAGAGACUGAAAUGGGGACGGAGGUUACUGCCUGAUCCCUGCAAUGAGAUGAGAGCCCGUCAGGAGCGGGGAGAGUGUAGGAAGUGGGAGAUGCAGACCUGGGAAACUGCAGGGUUUUCUCUUGAGAGCCAGAAAGCUGAGAACUGUGAACUUGCUGCACUGGGGCCUGAGAGAGACAGGGGUUAUCCUACAAAUGUUGGGUGAAGCCAUCCUGGAAUAGGAAAUGGCUACAUAAAGGAUCAGGCUGAUUAUUAUGAAUCACGUUAAUUACGGUAGGGCUUAAGGGCCCACUAAGAAAGCGUCUUCCUUGUGCUAGGCACUGUGCAAACAGAGGAGGAGAUCACAUCCAAGAAGGAAGCCAGGGAACUAAUCCACAGACCUCUUCAGCCCUGAAGCCAGGCUGACCCACAUCACCAAGGCCAAAGUGAAUCAAAGAGCCAUGUCACCCCUCAUCCAGCUACCGCCGCUUCCCGUGUGGGGAUGCCACAGACUCUCUCUGCCCCACUCACUCUUCACGUGCCAGGGACGUCCACGGGGGGGGAUAAAACCCUCCGUUGGGAUUGGAACUGCUGCUCCUGCUCUAAACUCCUGCCGUUCUCUGGCUCAUAUUAACCUGAGCUUCCUGCUCUCAGAGCGUCUGCUCUCCUGGCUGGAUCCUGGCAUCUCUCAUGGAUUCACUGCGCUUUUCUACCCAUUGUCAAAUGGUGCUCUUUUGCUGGUGCCUGGGGGAGCUGGGAGGAUGCUGGAUUGAUAACAAGAGCUGUGAACUAGGGAAAUGGGGCGAGAAGGUUGGAUGAGGUUUAACAAGAAUCAAUAGCUGGAGAUUAAAGCCCAGACAAAUUCUAAUUAGUAACUAGGCACCAUUUUUUAACAAUGAGGGUGAUCAACCUUUGGGACAAACUACCAAGGGAAGCGGCAGGUUCUCUAUUACGUCGUAUCCUCAGAUUAAGACUGAAUGCCUUUUCUUGAAGAUUUGCUUUAGUCAAACACCGUAAAGGAAUAAAUGGUUAACAUUCUCUCAUCUGUGUUACACAGGUGUUCAAAGAAUCGAUGUGUAGUCCUUGAAUAUUUGAUACUGGUUUGGAUUUGCAGUAAUACGUACUUCGGUUUUCCCCUUGUAAUAUAUAUAUAUGGAGGGUGGGGGGUUUGGAAGGGUUAGAUUUUUAUCAGUAAAUGUUGGUAAACAUCGAUUUCAUGGCACGCACACACAAACCAACGAAAAAUAGUUCCGUAGCUGAUCAUUGAAAUUUACAGCUAGGCAAAGUAAGAAAACUGCCACUUGAGAACUUCUUAGAGUUUGAUUUAAGGAGAUUUACUUGGUAUAUUUUGACACGUGAUGUUGAGAAUUUGUGUGUAACGGUUAUAAAGCUUUAAUUUUUUAAAUCUCAACAUCUACUGUUAUUAAAGGAUUAUUGUCUGGUCCCGCCCAUUGUCUGACGCCCCUUAUAAUUUCCCACAACAGUGACAAUUUAAAUAAAUUAAAGCAAAAUAAUGCUUAAAACCCAUCAUUUUGCACAACUGAGAACAUUGCCAUUGGUAAAAAAUAAUAAAAAAUGAUUUAAAAUAAAUGUUAUCCAGCAAAAUUAUUUUAAAAAAUCAAAUUCCUCCAAGCAUAUCUAUUUAUAUACCCCUCCUCCUCUCUGCUCUAAUUUCUUUAACGAAUUCCCCCGUUCGGCAAACACGAGAGCAUAUGCUUCUCAUCAAUUACUUCAUUAGUCAUCUGAAUGUUCAUUUUACUACUGACUUGCUUGUAUUUCUGGACUGGCUAUCUUACUUUCAUGGCCCACUUGUCAGUUAUGUUUCCAUGAGCACAUUUCCACACUAUUAAUAGCUUUCAAAGCCAGAAGGGACCAUUAGAUCAUCUAGUCUGAUCUAUAACACAGCCCAAAGAGUUUCACCCAGUUUUACCUCUUUAUCGAGCCCAGUCUCGUGUAUUUGUCUAAAGUGUAUCUUUCAGAAUAAUGUCCAGCCAUGAUCUGAAGACAGCUUGCUCCGCUGAUUACAUUUCUCGCUGUUGCAAGUUUGUGCCUUAUUUCUCAAUUGAAUCUCUCUGAUUGUAGCUUCCAGCCAAUUGUUCUUGUUACUCCUUUCACAGCUAGAUUUAAAAUCCCGUCAGGACCCAGUACUUAUACAUCACAAUCACGUCACCGCUCAGUCUUCCAUUUGAUAAAGGGGUCCUCAAACUUCAGUGCACCAUGACCCCCUUCUGACAACAAAAAUUACUACAUGACUCCAGGAGGGGGGACCGAAGUCUGAGCCCACCUGAGCCCCACCUCCCUGGGCUUGGGGGGCGGGAGGGGGAGGGAGCCCAAACCCCACCACCGAGGGCUGAAGCAAAGAAUCCCCAACUAUACAGCCUGGGAUAGCCCUAAAAAACAUGUAAAGUUUGAUUACAAUAGAAACUCUACCUUUUGAAACUAAAGACUGUGACUCAUUUGUGUGUGCACAUUUAACUGCUUUAACCUUGUAAAUAAUUCCCAUUUUGUUUCCUUAGUUAAUAAAUCUUUAGCUAGUUUUACUGGAUUGACU